GGCGGAUGAAGCUCGUAUUGCCAUGGAUGAUCACAAUCGUGUUCCGGAUUCUGAGGUUGCAGCCGAGGCUGCUGCGCAUGAGGCUGGAGAGCUGCUUGACUACACUCCAAGCGAAGCCGGCAGUGAUUCUGAAAGCGAGCACUUGCUACCGCGAGAGCUGUGACAUUCCAAUGAGGCACUUCUUUGCGACUACGCAGACUUGUUUCUGUAGCUAUUCUGUGACACGAUAGCGAUAUGACUCCUUUUCAAUGAAUACUCAAACUCGAUCUUGUUGCAUUAGAACGAAGUCUACUCCUCAGUAAUAAACUAGCAGGCAGCCCGAAUUCUAGAACUCAGUGUAGUUUGAUAUCAAUUUAGCAACUCCAGUUUUGUUUUUUCUUAUCAGGUUCUGCAGGACUAUACUUUAUCUUCAUGGAUUUUGCUUCUCAAAUUCAGUCUCGUUUUUUCUUGAUAGAAUCAAGACAGCAAGCUGGUCGACGCAAUGGGCAACAGCGUGAGCGUCGGCGACGCAGUCCUAUUGCUAGACUCAUGUGGCUUGGAUAGGGGCCAUCGAUGUGUUUCAAGUAGAGGCACUACCUAACAGCAGCGCACGCAUAGACUUGUGUGGCAGAUCCAAUUCCUGGACUCAUUGGACUGCUCAACUACGUACUAUCAACAACUACGUACUACGGAGCGUCGUCUUUAAUAAAUC